GCAAAACCAAAACAAACCAUCUCGACCAUCUUCACCAAUCUCUGAGAUAUCAUUGGAGCUGUGACAAUGGCGAGCAAGGAAGGAGGAGCAGGAGAGAAGAAGCCGGCGGCUGAUCAGGGAAGCGAUGCCAAGCUAGAGCAGGCAAUGAAGGACAGCCCUUACCUCCAGUACGAUAACUUGGAGGAUUACAAGCGCCAGGGGUAUGGAACAGAGGGACAUCAACAAGUUCAGCCGGGUCGGGGCGCCGGAUCCACCGAGGGUCCGACGGAGUCCGGCGCAAGUGCCGCCUCCAAGGAGGAUGUUUCCGCCACUGAAACUAUUAACCGCCAAGGCGUUAAUUGAUUCGGUUUCUUUGUCAUUUGUAUGAAUGCGAGGCAUUUGUGUUGUUGUUAAUGUACUGGUAUUGUAAUGCUCUGCUUAACAAAGAGUUUCUACAUUUGAUUUCGUUGAGUAUGUUAA